AUGAAGUGUUUGGCCAGAUCAUAUUUUUGGUGGCCAUCACUGAAUAAAGAGAUUGAGGAUAUUGGUAAAAAGUGCGAUCUGUGUAUCCAGAACCGACCUGAGCGAAGCGAUCCAAUAUCUCCCUGGCGUCUUACUAGCGCACCUUGCGAUCGUGUACAUGUAGAUCAUUUUUCGUUCCGUGGAGCUGAAUAUUUCGUGUUGGUCGAUAGCUACAGUAAGUGGAUCGAGACGUAUGCAGUACGUUCGUUAACCUCGGAGGAAACUAUCGAGAAAGUUGCGGAGUUUGCAAGUAAAUUCGGAGCCAUUGGAACACUGGUAUCCGAUAACGGAACUGCCGUUUCAUCAAAGGAGUUCAGAGUUUUCUGCACUAACCAUGGUAUCAAGCAUUUGACAACAGCGCCGUAUAGUCCCUGUUCCAAUGGUACAGCUGAAAAUGCGGUAAAAACUGUAAAAAAUGCAUUGCAAAAGUUAUCAUCAGAUUCAGCGUUCAAGCGAAAGUCAGUGACGUGGCAGCUGAACUCAUUCCUGGAGAUGUAUCGUGCCACUCAUCAUGCUACAACCGGAGAGAGCUCAUACAAGCUAAUGUUCGGUAGGGAGAUGCGAUGUCGGUUUGAUAAGCUCAAGGCUAAUUCUGAGAGACGACACCGUGAGACAAUUGAAGAUCUCAACGUUAAGAAGAAGAAUUUCAAUUUCGAAUUAGGAGAAACGGUUUAUGUCCGAGACUACCGUAAUCCAAAGAAACCUUUAUGGGUACGAGCAAAGAUAACUAAGAAAAUUGGUGCUGUGCUGUACGAGUGUGUUUCGGAGGAGCUAGGAAUUAUCAAGCGAAGGAGUCAUCAGCUGUUGAAGUACACUUUCGACGACUAUGAAAACGACGCAAGCAAUUCUAUUAAAGCUGAUGCACAGCUCAAUGACAACACGGGCAUUGAAACGAAUGACGAGUCAGUGAAUGGACCAAUCGAAAAGGAGGAGGAGCCUGUUGUAAGACCUGGAACAUCCAACUUGUACGUAACCAGGUAUAAUCGAGUUAUGCUACCGCCAAGUCGCUUUGGAGGAGAGUAG